UCCCGCUUUGGUUCUCUCGGCGGCCGCGGUGGGAAUGGCGUUGCUGUUGCUGCUGCUCUCGGGCCGGCGCUGCUGCCUCUAUGGCGGCUGCGGCUUGCGUUUAGGACUUCGCCGAACUCCUGUACCCGCUGCCUCCCUUUACUGGGCUUUACGCCCACCAGAGCCUCCCCCGUGGCCGGCCCUGAGACUUCCAGAGUGCCAUUUUUCUUCAAAAGCAGAUUCAAAAAAGCUUACCUCUGUUUUGGUUUCAAAAGUCAAAAACUUGAAUAAAAAGUAUGAAAGAUGUUUGGAAAGGACAUUCCCACGUUUCUAUCAGCUAUACUCAACAUUUUUAAAAGGCUUACAGGUUUUCUUUUCAGAAGCAAAAGAAAUAAGAAGAAUAAAGGCAAACAUGUCACAUAAAAAUAUACAGUUCCAUCAACUUCCAUACAGGGAAAUGGAGAGACUAAGACAGUUUCGCAGAGACCUUAUCAAAGCCAUUCCUGUUGGGAUUCUUUCUCUUCCACCCUUUGCCAACUAUUUUCUUCUUUUGCUUAUGUAUUUAUUCCCAAGACAGCUCUUAAUACGCCACUUCUGGACUCCUGAACAACAAGCUGAGUUUCUGAACACUUACCACAAUAUGAGGAGGGAGGCAUAUACUGAAGUGAUUGAUGGUCUAACACAUCUAUCUCACUUCCUAGAUUACUCUCAGCUUCGCCAACAGAUGCUAUAUCUCUGCAGAAAGGUUCAGGAAGGAUUUCACCCAGAUGUAACAGAGCUUAAAGCUGUGAGGCCUUUAUUUGUGGGGCAUCCCUUUGGUAUCCAACAGCUCCCGGUUCAGCAUGUGAAAGUUCUCAGUCGUGUUUUGUUCCUGACACCUCGCUUGCCAUCUUUCUUCCUGAGAAAUCGCUUGAGAAGCCAUCUAUCUGAGUUGUAUUGCCUGGACCAAGCAAUGGUGAAACUAGGAGUAAGCGAGCUGACUGAUGAAGAAGUGCAAGCAGCGUGUUACACCCGUGGCUUGAAUUCCGUUCAUCUGAGCCCAUCUGCAUGCAGGCUCUGGUUGAACCAGUGGCUAUCCCUCUCCUCUUCACUAAGAGACUCUGAGACGUCACUCUUGGUCCAUGCGAUGGUCUUACUUUCUACCAACUUCACUCCUUCCUCCAAGGGCUAACUGGAAGUGGCCCCUUCUGGACUAUUGAAUGUGUGCUGCAUAUUGACUGUUGGCUGAACCAGAAAGGAGAAUACAGUUUUUUCACUGACUAAAAAAAGGGGAGGGGGGAAGGCCAGAAUCCAGGAGGAGAAGAAACUCCAGUGGAUUUGUUAGUGUUGAGGUGAAGCUAGAAGAAACACUGCAAUAUGAAUAACAUUUUCCCACUGUUCUGGAGAGAAUUGCCAAGAUAGCACAAUAAAAUGCCUCUGCAGGAGAGUUCACAAACUUUCUAUUUAAGUCUGGUUCAGGUAUGACCUUGUAGGUCCCUUUCUUGGAUUGUCAGAAUAUAAUGUAUGACUGUUCAGCCUUAUACUUGUCAGUCCAAAAUCUUGCUAGUGCUUGAGGCUGGAAAGACAUACGUACUCCUUCAAAUGGCUGUAAUAAAGUUUGUUUCAUAUUGGCCAGGGAGCAGUGCAGAAUUUUAAAAAAUGAACAAGUUAAUUGCAGAAUAGACAUUAGUACAAUGCAGCUUCUUUGCUAAAUGUACAUUGUCCAAAUCAUGUAUUAGUUUCUAUGCUUUUGAUAUUGCCAGCUAAAAGGGGAGAGAUCAGUUUGUCUUAACGCCAGUUGUUUCUUCCAUCCCCCUUCUCUUGAGAUGUUUCAGGGAUUCUAUUUCUCUCCAGUCGCAGCUGUGAGAGGGAAUGGGUUGGAAAGGCUAGGAGGCCAGUAUUGAAGCUAAAGCCUCUCUCCAUCUAACUGUAUCACAACCCCCCCUUUUCUCCUUUUUGAUGAUUUUGCAGGACUAGU